GUGCAAAAGCUGACAAAAUGAGCCAAUCUUUGAAUAAGAUUUUAUUUUGCGUAGUGCUACUCUUAUGCUAUUUGAAUAUUGCAGAAAAUUUCGCCACCGAAGGAAGUAUCUGCGAGGCUGGUGAAAGCAUCGGUCAAUGUGUGGGAAUCCAUGAUUAUCCCCAGUACCUGCAGGUAUUAAGGCAACGCAAUCGAACCAACGACGAAAACGAAUUUCUGUUGCGACAUCUUUGCGGUCAUACCAGCUCGCGGAAACUGUUGGCCUGUCGGCCGGUGCGGCUUAAUGAAGCUGGCUGCGGGCAACAGUUCAGUGAUCGUAUAGUGAAAGGUCAGCUGGCCGCAUUGGAUGAGUAUCCGUGGAUGGCGUUGAUUCAGUACCGGAAACCUCGAGGACAGACUGGAUUCCACUGCGGGGGUGCACUGAUCAACGAACGAUACGUUCUAUCCGCAGCACAUUGCUUUGUGGGUUUGCGCAGUGGAUGGGCAGCUAUUAAAGUUAGACUUGGCGAGUGGGACUUCGAAGCGGAUCCGGAUUGCAAUGAGGAUGAGGAUUGUGCUCCUCCAGUACAAGAAUUCGACCUGGAAAAAAUUAUACCGCAUGAAGAGUUUUCCGUGAGAGAUAUGAACAAGGAACAUGAUAUUGCGUUGGUGCGUUUGUCUAAGGAAGCAAUCAUUGGCAAUUACGUGAAACCGAUUUGUGUUCCCGAACCGGGAGAUGUUGAGUCUGAUCAGUUAUACGAUGGGAUUAUGGUUGCAUCAGGAUGGGGGAAAACAGAAAAUGCAUCCUUCAGCAGAUAUAAACUGUAUACUAAGCUGUGGGCCGUAGAUUAUUUCGAAUGCAAGGCAGCCUACGGCAAGGCUUUGCGAGUUCAGCUGGGACUUGGUCAAUUCUGUGCGGGUAGCGAUGAUGGUCGGGAUACCUGUAACGGAGACUCCGGUGGACCUCUGAUGAAAGAAGUGGCCACUCAGGGACGAUUCUACCUCGCAGGGUUGGUAAGUUUCGGACCGAAACGAUGUGGCGAGCAGUUGCCUGGAGUAUACACUAGAGUGGAAAGUUAUUACAAGUGGAUUGUGGUAAAUAUAAUAGAAUCUAGCUCGUGAAUAGAUA